CCAGAGUUCUGCCUUUCCGACAUCAAACAUCUCACCAAUGCAUGUUAUCGACCUACCUGAGCUGCCAGCUCGAGCUGGGGAGCACCAAGAGGGCGUGGAAAGGGACGCUCACCGGCGGAGUUUGUCGGUGCCUACGCAGGGACAAUCGCCGGAGAGGAAGAGGAGCUGGAUAGAGAACAAGGGCGCCACCCUCUCUUUCAACCUCGGCAACACACACGCUGAGAUCACCCUCCCCUACCGCCGCACCUGCAGCCUGGAGGUGCCUCUGGACCAGUAUGUGGCGCAGGCCAAGCCCAGCGAGACGUUUGAUCGGUGUCCGAGGAACGUGCGCUUCGUCACGGCAAGCCUCAUCAGUCUAUACCUCGUGAGAUGCGGGGAAAGAGGGGACAAGUGCAUGCAGGGUGGAGAUGUGGUGUGUGUGUGUCGUGUCUCCCUCUCUCUCUUGGCUUCAGAUGGUGUAUGUGUUGUUCACCCUUGAAGGUCCCGCCAGCCGUGGGGAGAGGUGGCUGUACUUCAUCAUCGCCGCCAUGACCCUUCUCUCAUUCGUCAUCACCGUGUACGCACAUCGACAGGACCCCCCAACACGCAUACAGACUUUCUGUCUCCGCUGCUGACGUUCAUGUAGGUCUGCGGCUCUGACAGGCGACGGUGUGGACGCCCGCCUGAGCACACAGGUGGCCUGGGGCGCCUUCCGCAUGCUCCUCUUCCAGGUGGUCGUCCCCAUCGUCAUGGCCUUCUCGCCGUGGUCCCUCCGGGGCCUCUUCGGCCUCCACACCGUCCUGGCAUUCACAUUCGCCCUCCUCCCAUACGACAGCUUCUCCGCCCCGCGCAAACUGACGAGUGACGACGACAGGCACUGCCCUUUGUGCCCCCCAAUGCUCACCGCCAGAUGCCCAUACACACUUCGGCUGUUCGUGAGCACGUGGGCGCCGAUCCUGGCUCUGACGGCCUCCACGAGGGCUGCGGCGGGUCUGGAUGAGGGCGGCAAGGGGUCGGCGCUCGCCGUGAUGGUCAUGUCCUACAUGCAGGCCAUCAACAUGCACCUGGCACUGGUGGCCAUCGAGCCUUCGGCGGCAUUCACCUCUCUCAGAGCCAUCAUUGCCACAGGCAGGCGGGGGAAAUGCACACACGACCUCGAGGCACAGAGGCAGCGAGACACUCUGUCAUCUCUGUCUGUUUGUGUGGGUGGCUUUUGGUGUUUGUCUGUUAGUGACGGACAUUCCUGUGUCUGUGGUAUUGAUCCUGGGCUACCCCCUCCCUCCCGAGGAGUAUCGGCUCUGCGGCUCAGCUGCCUUCGCGUCCCUCGUGCACCUCUUCCACGCCCUCGUGGAGAGCCUGGUCUUCGCACUCUUCCUCAAGCCGCCCACGGUCGCCCUCCCACCACCAGUAGCAGCAACAGCAGCGGAAGAGACGGGCGAUCGGGAAAUCGAGCCCCACGAGAAGGACCCAGCCCUCGGGAAGGAGGGCGGGAGGAGGGGCAGGGCCUCAUUCGACUCACAGGCCAGCACCGCACUCGACGAGACAUUCGAUGGGAUACGCAACAGGGGCUCGGUGGACUCUCUCGGUGCCCUCGAGUUCACUUUUGAUAAGGCGGAAGAGACGGGCGAGGCGUACGCCGACUAUUUCUCGCCUCGGCCGCCUGCGGCGAGUGUGAUAUACGGCCGGGUGGGGGGCCGCCUGGAGCCCGUGGUUGAGGAGGGUCUGAGGUACACCAACGAGGGGAUGGCAGUGACUGCGGGCGACACCAGCUUCAUUGGGAGGAGAGGGGUGUGAGUGAGACACGCAUUCCGCGAUCUCGUGUGGGUGGUUGAAUGAAGUGGGGUGCAUGUCUUGGUUGCUUGGGGGCGUCGGGAUU